ACAAUAAAGAAUUGUGCAUUUUACACCUUUGUUGGAUUCACUGAAAAUUUCUUAAGAAAUAUUACUAAUGAUUAGCCAUUCAAAAGAAAAAAAAUUCUGCAUUUGAGGAUAGCCUUGCUUUAUUACAGAAUAAAAAAUGAAUAUGGAAUCAUUUCACGCGCGACCUUAUUGCAUCAUUCCCGACUGCAUAUAGGCCUAGCAUAUAGCCAUGUUCGUCAUGGCCUAUUUUUCAUGUGCGCACACCAUGCAUUAAAUGCAUAGGCCAUGCAUUAAAUAUCUUAAUUCACAUGCACACGAGCUUUUUUUGGCUCUCUGCUAGACGCGUCUUACAUACUGCAACAUGUGAAGCCAACGAUGCGCGCAACCUUCGAUUUUACGUAACACUUACUGUACAGUUCCUAGCCAACCCUCUUUCCAUCAGCGAGGAUGCGUGAUUCUCUCUCUGGUUUGGCUGCUUUCAUGAAGUGACGGAUGCUGAGCUGCGUCCCACCCCCCUGCCCCAUACGAACACUCAUCCAUGGUGCCAACAGACGGACAUUACACGGGCGAGGAAAACAACAAACAGCCUCCAUCACUAAUUAUCACCACUGCAGGUCAGUGUUAAUGCCUGAGCGCUGCCAUGGCCAACAGGGGACCAAGCUAUGGGCUCAGCCGUGAGGUCCAAGAGAAGAUUGACCAGAAGUAUAAUGCGGAGUUGGAGACUCGGCUUGUGGAAUGGAUCCUGGCCCAGUGUGGUGACGACUUGGAGCGACCUGAACCUGGCAAACAGAACUUCCAGAAAUGGCUCAUGAGUGGAACAAUUCUUUGCCGGCUCAUCAACAGUCUAUACCCCAGCGGUGAGGAACCAAUUAAGAAAAUUACAGAAACUAAAAUGGUCUUUAAACAAAUGGAGAAGAUUUCUCAGUUCCUGCAGGCUGCUGAAGAAUAUGGUGUUACCAGGGGAGACAUAUUCCAAACUGUUGAUCUUUGGGAAGGAAAGGACAUGGCUGCAGUCCAGAGGACAUUGGUGGCUCUGGGAAGUGAAGCUCUCACAAAGGAUGAUGGGCAUUACCGUGGAGACAAAGACUGGUUUCACAGGAAAACCAAGGGCCACAAGCGUGAGUUUUCAGAGGAGCAGCUGCGUCAAGGUCGGAGUCUUAUCGGCAUGCAGAUGGGAAGCCAUCGUGGAGCAUCUCAAUCUGGCAUGGCAGGGUACGGCACCCCACGGCAAAUCAUGCGGUAUGACUCUCCUCGACACAACGGAGAUCAGAGCAAUCCCUAAACACUGCACCAAUUGGUAUUUAAAAUCUCCACUGGAGCCGAACAGCCAAAACUAGUGCUCCAGUUGUAGGAGGAAUGUGUACAUGUGUGUGUAUAUAGAUAUAUGAUGAACUAAGGCUGCUUACACCAGUCCUAGAAUAACACACAUUAGAGUGUUGUCCCUUCACCCACAAUGCACCAGUGCCGUCUGUUAUUGUUUCUCAGGCAAGCUCCAUAUUAUGGCCAAAUUGUGCAAAAUAAAUUGAAUAUUAGUAUCAAAAAGCUCAACUAUUAAAUAUGAAAUGUGCAUCUCUCCUUUACGAAUGGUACGCUGACAGUCUGGUACCUCUUGAACGUCUAGCAUCCAUUUACAAUCGCAUAUUUGGCUGAUGCUUUUAAACUGUGCUGAAAAUAUACAUGUAUUCGGUUGAGGUGAUACUGUGCUGUUGCUAUCAAAUGUACACUAUUAUUGAUGUAUACCAUCUAUGCUAGCAGAACCCGCCCAAACUAUUAGACUCAGGUCAUUCUAUAAUGUCCUCACAAAAUGUCAUUGUUGUGCAUAAUUAUCUGAUGUCACUGUAUGGAACUGAUGCUAUACAUUCCAGUGAUAAGACACAGUGUUCUGAAAAUCAUGUCAAACUGAUAUAAAAAUUGUGGUAUUUAUGAAAUGCGUCAAAUCUGUUUUCAACUUUUGUUAACUUUCUGCAUUAACUAACAUGCAUGUAAAGUAAAUGUGCUUCUGAUGCUAAGAUUGUAUUGCAGAUGACACUAUUGUUUAUUGUGAAGCUUCAUGUUUGAUCUAUAUACAGUACCUGUGACAAUCAAAACACUUUCCAAUUGUCAUGAUUGAAAUAGUUCGAGAUGUUUGGCUAUUUAGUUCAGUGUUUCUUGUUUUUUUUAUUUUUGUGGUUUGGUUUUAAAUCCACUUAUUUGUUAGAAAAAUGGAAUAAUCUUAAAUUUUUAUUUAUACUUAUAUCACACUUUAACCCUUUCUAAGUGUUUUUCAUUAUUUUGUAACUGUGUUAGUUUUAGUUGAUUGUUUUAAAUUUACUGGAAUGUAGUUAUUUUCCAUUAGGUAUGUUUACAUGCACGCAUUUUUGCUAACCGAAUGAAUCCAAUCCGAUUUCAGAUUCUAAAAGUUGUUUAUAUGAACCCUAAACUUUGCAAUCUGAUUUAGAUAUUCAUUUACAUGUGCAUAACAUGCAUUCUGAAGUCAUAAACGUAAAACUACUGCAUAAUAAUAAAUGUAGGGCCCUAUGAUUUCCGUGAUGUAGAAAACGCGGACGGAAUCCAGUGAUAAAAACGGAAUUUACUGAAUAACGCGGAAUGAAUUUGUCAAAUUUUUGAUGAAUAAAUAAAAAGUAGGUCAGUACUCUUAAAUCAAAUCAUGAUCUUAAAUCAAAUCACUAGUGUCUGUGAAUUUUAAACCAAAAAAUAUGAAUCCUGCAUGUUCUGUGUGUCUCUGUGUGAAUGAAUGGCGCAGAUGCGCGGUUUCAUUUACCACACACACACUUUCGUGAUGCUCGCAGUGUUUUCAGCCACACUAUAUGAGGACAUAAAUGAAUGAACUUCAUCUCCAGACCCGCUCUGAGUCACUUCAUGAGCAUUUUACCGUUCUAUUUGAGAAAAACUAUUGUUAUAUCAUAAAAACACUGAAACUCAAAGCACGGCAACCCGCCAAAAUAAAGGUUCGGUUUAACUUAAAGAAACUGUGACAGAAAUAUAUUACUGUUGUACAGUAGAAUUUAGCUACGUCUCAAUUUAAUAAUAAUACAAUAAUAAAUUAUUAUUAAAACUUAUUUAACUUACAGAAUAAUCACAAUUUUUCUUCUGUUUUAAUUUUUAACAGAUGUGCAGCACUUUGAUAAAAAAGUUUGUUUAAUGUCAUAUGAUUAAAAGAUAAAUUUAAUUAAUAUUUUAUGCCUUCAUUUGAUUGCCAGAAAAAUUAAAAUACACAACACAGAAUUUCUGAAAAAACAAAACAUUUCAUAAAAAUGAAAAAAAAAAAAAAAAAAUGUUUUUAUGAAUUCAAUUAAUUAGAUAUGCAUUUUGAUUAAAUCAUUAAAAUGGAAUCUAGAAUUUGGUAAAAAUAAAACGGAUUUUGAGAAAAAUAAAAUACAGCAGAUUUCAUAGAGCCCUAAAAAAUGUAUUUAUUUUUGUUGAACUUUUAAUACAUUGUUUUUUUAAUUGUAUGUUUUAUGAUUUCAAUUAAACUAUAUAUAUAUAUAUAUAUUAGACAUGCUUUUUGAUUACAAAAAUUUUAUUUAAUCAUUAAAAUUGGAGUCCAAAAAGAUUCAAAUGGAAAAAAAUGGAAUUUGGGAAAAAAUAAAACUGAUUUCAUAGGUCCCUAAACACACGUUGACACUGCGCAUAUGCGCAAGGUAUUUUUUGAAUCAGAUUGAGAAAAGAGUCCAAUUCAAGCAUUUACAUGGUUAAUUUUUGCCCUAUUGAUCGGAUUAUUUCAGGUCUGCAUUAGCCCUUCCAAUCCGAUCACAAAUGAAUUUGGAUCAAGCGUGGUGUUUAUAUGAAGUCUUUUCAAUCUGACUGUGUUAUUUUGUUGCAUGUAAACAUAGCUAUUUUGACUCAAGGUUUGAUUGUAUUGAAAAGAGAGCACUAGACACGGGAUGAAAUUAGUCUAAACUUUUAAAGGCGUGCACAAAUAUCUAUCAAUACAAUAACUGUCGCAAUUGUAUCUUGCUGUUCAUUAGCAGUUUGUGUUCACUUCGUGUUUGAAUCAGAACAUCUUCCUUUGUUUGUCGGCACAGAUUAUGAUACUUUUACACGAAAGAAAAUAACUAUUCACAAAUGUGCCUCUAUUUGUACAAAUCGUUGCACAUUCAUUUAAUUUUGACCUUCACAGUCACAAUGUAUUGGUUUGUGGCAAGAUACAUUUGUAGCAUUUUUUAAACUGAUGGAAAAUUGUACACGCAUUCAUUAAUGAUGUCAAGGCUAAUUUCUUUACAAAUUAUUCAAAGCCAAAACUGUGAGGUUUCACCAUUUUAGAUGUUGAUCAGUGUUAUGUUGCGCACACACAAACACAGAGUGUGUUUCAUCACAGAUCAUGACCACUGGAGAGGCUUGCACAACUAAAAGUAACCUGCUCUUAUCAAGGUGGAAAUGGACAAGCUUGCAUACUAUGAUACAGGUGACAGUAAACAAACUUGAGUUUAUUUCAAGAGCAGUGUAACACUCUCCCUUCAGCUGAUAUACAUUUUCAUUCUGUUUACUGAUACACAUCCAAACCAUUACAAUGAUUUCACAAUGUUGUCCACACGCAUUUCUCUCUCUCACACAGUCACUCUUGAAGCGCUUUCAAAAACAAAACAUGAACAGAAAGAAUAUGGAAACUAACUGGAAUGAAAACAAAUAAAAAAAAACAUAAUGAAUCAAAA